CUACCUCACCAGUCUGUUCCGAGUCGCCCCUAAUCUCCUCUCCUCCUCCUCUCCCCUCCUGCACGUCUGGUUUAAGAGAGUGGCUUCCUUGUUUGGGGGUGGGCCAUAGUCCGUGCAUCCAGCCUUCAGUCGAUCGGAGAGGUGUUUUCCCCUGUACAGCGGAGAGAGGAACUACACGGCCAGGCGGAUAACGUUACUCACUCUGUCUGAGAAUGUACUAGUCUGAAGAAAUGGCAUGCGGAUACACUUUAAAACAAAUUACUUUAACUUGGUAGCAAUAUGGAUUAUGUCGUACUCAAGGGAAUGUGAACGGGCACCGGAGACAGACUCAGGCUGGAAGUUUUGAAGGGCCGAUCACGGCGCCUCUUCCCCGGUCCGGUGUUAUUACCGGGGUCCCAUUUUCCCGGGUAGCCCCAUGCAAAACAUAACGGCACCCGGCAGCCACAACAACAACUCUGAUGUCAUUUGCUCCUGUAACUGCACCGGUCCCCAGCCGGAGGGAAUGGAGAUAUCUGUCCUGGAGUCUGCUCAGAUCCUCCAACCUGUUGUCUUUCUCUCCGUGUCUCUCCUCUCUGUCCUCCAGCUGUCCUGGAGUCUGCUCAGAUCCUCCAACCUGUUGUCUUUCUCUCCGUGUCUCUCCUCUCUGUCCUCCAGCUGUCCUGGAGUCUGCUCAGAUCCUCCAACCUGUUGUCUUUCUCUCCGUGUCUCUCCUCUCUGUCCUCCAGCUGUCCUGGAGUCUGCUCAGAUCCUCCAACCUGUUGUCUUUCUCUCCGUGUCUCUCCUCUCUGUCCUCCAGCUGUCCUGGAGUCUGCUCAGAUCCUCCAACCUGUUGUCUUUCUCUCCGUGUCUCUCCUCUCUGUCCUCCAGCUGUCCUGGAGUCUGCUCAGAUCCUCAUCAUCCUGGUCCUGAUGACUGUAAUGCUGCUGGUGAUUGGCUGUCUGUUGAACCACUACAAGCUGUCUGCCUGCUCCUUUACGACCAGACAGAGCCAAGCCCGGAGGCAAGCACAACACCUACAGCAGGAUGUGUGUCUCUGGCCGCCGGACAGCGGCUCUCGACAAGGUGCCUCCGAGGUGGUGUAUGUGCCCCAGGCCAGGGAGAGGUUCACAGCCCCCUCCUUUAUGUCCCGGGAUCAUUUCAGUCGCUUCCAGCCCACCUACCCCUACCUGACCCACGACAUCCACCUUCCCCCCACCAUCUCCCUGUCUGACGGAGAGGAGCCCCCGCCCUACCAGGGCCCCUGCACCUUACAGCUGAGGGACCCAGAGCAGCAGUUGGAGUUAAACAGGGAGUCGGUCAGGGCCCCCCCCAAUAGAACCAUCUUCCACAGUGAAGUGAUAGACAUGCACAGUGGAGGGGGGGGAGGGCCGAGACCACCCAGCAGUAACUCUGGUAUCAGCAUAGCCAAUAGCAGCAGCCACGGACGCAUGGAACGCUCGCCUCCGGCAUAUUGCGAGGUGAUUGGUCACUUUUUUCACCACCCGCACAGCAGUAACCCACUCGGGACCUGGACCGGGGGUGGGACCAGCCAGCAGGGCCAAUCAGAAAGCACAAUACCUGCCAAGGCCAGGAAAGGGGAGGAGCUGAGGUGAGAUGGAUGAGGGACUAAGCUGUCUUAGACUCCUCCCCCCUGUAAAGAGGUGUGGCCAAUCUCUAUAUGGACCGACACUCCCAGGAUGCACAACUAAACACAACAUUAUCGCCCUGCUACAAAUACACACAACAUUAUCGACCUGCUAGAACUAAACACAACAUUAUCGACCUGCUAGAACUAAACACAACAUUAUCGACCUGCUAGAACUAAACACAACAUUAUCGACCUGCUACAACUAAACACAACAUUAUCGACCUGCUAGAACUAAACACAACAUUAUCGCCCUGCUACAACUAAACACAACAUUAUCGACCUGCUAGAACUAAACACAACAUUAUCAACCUGCUACAACUAAACACAACAUUAUCGACCUGCUAGAACUAAACACAACAUUAUCGCCCUGCUACAAAUACACACAACAUUAUCAACCUGCUACAACUAAACACAACAUUAUCAACCUGCUACAACUAAACACAACAUUAUCGGCCUGCUACAACUAAACACAACAUUAUCAACCUGCUACUGCUAAACACAACAUUAUCGGCCUGCUACAAAUACACACAACAUUAUCAACCUGCUACUGCUAAACACAACAUUAUCGGCCUGCUACAAAUAAACACAACAUUAUCGACAUGCUACUGCUAAACACAACAUUAUCGACCUGCUACAACUAAACACAACAUUAUCGACCUGCUAGAACUAAACACAACAUUAUCGACCUGCUACUGCUAAACACAACAUUGUCGACCUGCUACUGCUAAACACAACAUUGUCGACCUGCUACAACUAAACACAACAUUGUCGACCUGCUACUGCUAAACACAACAUUAUCAACCUGCUACAAAUACACACAACAUUAUCGACCUGCUACAACUAAACACAACAUUGUCGACCUGCUACAACUAAACACAACAUUAUCAACCUGCUACAAAUACACACAACAUUAUCGACCUGCUACAACUAAACACAACAUUGUCGACCUGCUACUGCUAAACACAACAUUAUCGCCCUGCUACAACUAAACACAACAUUAUCAACCUGCUACAAAUACACACAACAUUAUCGACCUGCUACAACUAAACACAACAUUGUCGACCUGCUACUGCUAAACACAACAUUAUCGCCCUGCUACAACUAAACACAACAUUAUCAACCUGCUACAAAUACACACAACAUUAUCGACCUGCUACAACUAAACACAACAUUAUCGACCUGCUACAAAUAAACACAACAUUAUCGUCCUGCUACAACUAAACACAACAUUAUCGUCCUGCUACAAAUACACACAACAUUAUCGUCCUGCUACAACUAAACACAACAUUAUCGUCCUGCUACAAAUACACACAACAUUAUCAACCUGCUACAAAUAAACACAACACAGAGAGGAACCAAGCAUAAAUACAUUUCUUUUUUCAUUAAUUGAAAGUCCGUACCGACCCCGAGCUGGACUGGGUGGUUUUAUACAGACCAGGGUCUGUACUGACCCCGAGCUGGACUGGGUGGUUUUAUACAGACCAGGGUCUGUACUGACCCCGAGCUGGACUGGGUGGUUUUAUACAGACCAGGGUCUGUACUGACCCCGAGCUGGACUGGGUGGUUUUAUAUAGACCAGGGUCUGUACUGACCCCGAGCUGGACUGGGUGGUUUUAUACAGACCAGGGUCUGUACUGACCCCGAGCUGGACUGGGUGGUUUUAUACAGACCAGGGUCUGUACUGACCCCGAGCUGGACUGGGUGGUUUUAUACAGACCAGGGUCUGUACUGACCCCGAGCUGGACUGGGUGGUUUUAUACAGACCAGGGUCUGUACUGACCCCGAGCUGGACUGGGUGGUUUUAUACAGACUAGGGUCUGUACUGACCCCGAGAUGGACUGUGUGGUUUUAUUAAGACCAGGGUCUGUACUGACCCCGAGCUGGACUGGGUGGUUUUAUACAGACCAGGGUCUGUACUGACCCCGAGCUGGACUGGGUGGUUUUAUACAGACCAGGGUCUGUACUGACCCCGAGCUGGACUGGGUGGUUUUAUACAGACCAGGGUCUGUACUGACCCCGAGCUGGACUGGGUGGUUUUAUACAGACCAGGGUCUGUACUGACCCCGAGCUGGACUGGGUGGUUUUAUACAGACCAGGGUCUGUACUGACCCCGAGCUGGACUGGGUGGUUUUAUAUAGACCAGGGUCUGUACUGACCCCGAGCUGGACUGGGUGGUUUUAUACAGACCAGGGUCUGUACUGACCCCGAGCUGGACUGGGUGGUUUUAUACAGACCAGGGUCUGUACUGACCCCGAGCUGGACUGGGUGGUUUUAUACAGACCAGGGUCUGUACUGACCCCGAGCUGGACUGGGUGGUUUUAUACAGACCAGGGUCUGUACUGACCCCGAGCUGGACUGGGUGGUUUUAUACAGACCAGGGUCUGUACUGACCCCGAGCUGGACUGGGUGGUUUUAUAUAGACUAGGGUCUGUACUGACCCCGAGAUGGACUGGGUGGUUUUAUACCGACCAGGGUCUGUACACAACCAAGCUGGACUGGGUGGUUUUAUACAGACCAGGGUCUGUACUGACCCCGAGCUGGACUGGGUGGUUUUAUACCGACCAGGGUCUGUACACAACCAAGCUGGACUGGGUGGUUUUAUACCGACCAGGGUCUGUACACAACCAAGCUGGACUGGGUGGUUUUAUACCGACCAGGGUCUGAACACAACCAAGCUGGAGAAGGAACGACUCAAACAUCCAAAUCUUAGUGCCAAGGUUACCGUGGAAACAGAGGAGAGGAACUGACGUGUCUAUGUAACUAACAAUAAAAAUAAUAAGCGUUC